AUGGUCUCUCGCCGGCGUCAGGUCCAGCCGUUCUCUCCUGUUUCUGCAAUAUUUCUUGCUCUCUCGGUGCUAGUGCUGUCCGCGGGCGCUCAGGAUGACUGCAGUAUUGAUCGUAAUGGUGUCAAGUACGAUUUGACUGCACUCAAAGGCGAGCACACCGUGUCACGGACCCGUGAUACUCCUCCAAGCAAAAUGGUGGACUCGGUGCGGUUCGACCUAUGUGGAGAACUGCAGCAGCAGAAGGACGUCGCGGAGGCAGAUCAGUGUCCCAGUGGGACGAGAGCGUGUCUAACCAAGAUCAACCAAAGGGAAGGCCAGCCAGACCGAAUAGUUGCUGUCAUUCCAUUAGCCCAGACGAGCGGCAACCGAGAGAUUUCACCACUAUCAUCACCCGAGGGCCUUUCUAUAACGUUCGACGGCCCCUCAUACCCUCCAUCUUCUGAUAAUUCGAUACCCCAGUCAUUCAACCUGACUCUGCUCUGUUCAAAGGAGACUUCGGACAUCACAUUCACAUCAUAUGAAGCGGGCCAGCUGAAGCUUUCGUGGAGCGCGCCAGCGGGGUGCGGUCACGAGGCAGGCGAAGAGCCGCCUAAGGACGAAGAAGGGGAGAAGAAGCCCGCGGAGUCGGGUGAGACGCGAAUGGGCAGUGGGAUUGGAUGGUUCUUCCUUGUCUUGCUCCUAGCUUUGGCAGCUUACUUCGGUCUUGGCGCCUAUUAUAAUUACUCGACCUACGGUGCUACUGGCUCUGAUCUCAUACCACAUCGCGAUUUCUGGAGAGAAGUACCCUACAUGCUACGGGACGUCGUUUCUCAUUUAUGCUCUGCCGUGCGACCACGACACUCCUCAAGAGGAGGCUAUAUUGCAGUGUGA